CCAAAACUCGUCAGAGAACUGUCAGACACGGACGUUCGAUAUCCAAAAUCGUGUCAGUGGCCAGUGAGUGUGUGUUCCAAAUACAAAUGGAAAAGGAGAUAAGCAAAAUGACUACGAAGAUACAGCCGAAGAACUUCUCGAUCGAGUCGAUAGUGGGCAUCGAUAGGCGAUCGCCGGAGAUCGAUAUCGAGAACACGAUGACCGAUUUCAACGAUCACUCCGAGGACGAGGACGUGAAGAGAGAUCGCAAGAUGGACUACUACUUCCAACAGAGCCGCGUGCCGAACUUCCCUUACUUCAUGUCGUACGACAAGAGAGUGUACCAGGAGAGUCCGAACACCGAUGACCUGAAGAGGUCCAGCCCCGGCAGCGUUAGGAGCGAGAUCGACAGCGACGGAGCGGACGACAGACACGAAUCUAUGAGCCCGCAAUCAGAACAGAUAAACAAUUCAAGUUCAGCUCCGGACCCGAACAUCAGGAGAUACCGGACCGCGUUUACGAGAGAACAGCUAUCGCGUCUAGAAAAGGAAUUUAUGAAGGAAAAUUACGUCUCGCGCCCGAGAAGGUGCGAGUUGGCUGCCCAGUUACACCUUCCAGAGUCCACAAUAAAGGUAUGGUUCCAAAACCGUAGAAUGAAGGACAAGCGUCAACGUAUAGCUGUGGCGUGGCCGUAUGCGGCAGUGUAUAGCGAUCCCGCGUUCGCUGCCUCCAUUCUCCAGGCUGCUGCAUCAUCCGUAGGGCUACCUUACGGCUACCCGUCGCCCGCGCUGAUCCCUCCCUUCCACAACCCUCAACUGCUGCCCUCCGGGUAUCCCUACCCGUACCCUCCCUACCCGAGGUACCCGUACAUGACUCCCACCACUCCUUCCCCCGUCACCGCCGAAUCCAACCUCAGGCCGGGAUACUCGAAUUUCAACCUCAACACGGAAAAAUAAGAUUUAGCUCACGUUUAGGUCUAUAAGAGUUUGUUUUAAAUGGCUCAAAUCGUUUGUUGUUACGUUGUUUUUUUUCUUUAAAUUAAUUAAAUUUUAAAAAUACUCUUUAUGUUAACUUGAAUUUGGUUUUUUCGCAAAAUACACAUUCAAGUUUGUAUAUAGUUUUGUAAAUACUAAAAAUAUCAUAUUAUAAUGCAUAAUUUAUUUUAGUCAAGUAGUAGUUAUUAGUCAGUGUAUUGUUUACCUAGUACUUACUUAUAAGAAGAAAUAAUAGGCAAGUGCUUUAUCCAUUCCACGUUGUAUGUAUAAAUGUGUGUGAAUUUUAUGAAACAAAAUGGCCGCACAUUUUCGUGAAAUUUCGAGAAAAUUGCAGAAACGGUUUUUUUGCUUUAAAAAUGUAAUUUGUAGUUCAAUAAACCGUAUCAUGUCAGUUAGAAUCAGAAUAAAUACUGUCAGUUGUAGUAAAUGUAAAAAUAGCUUAGGUAUCUAUAAGUUGGAUCAGAAUUACUAUUUCUAUUACCUAU